CGCGUACACACAUACAUGAGCCCGGACGCGCACGAAGCAACCACCGCUGUUGCCCCCAAGAACGCCUCCACGAGCAAACUGGGAUUUCGAUUUGAGUCGUUGGAUCGAUUCGAGUUGGUGCGGAGGGGGGAAGAUGGCGGCAUCCGCGAGAGCCGGGGAGCGGGCGACCAGCUUCACCACGGCCUGCAGCCUCCUCAGCCGCUUCGUCCGCCAGAACGGCGCCGCUGCGGCCGAGCUCGGCCUAGGAAUCAAAGGUGAGGCUGAGACGCAGAAGGCGGCGGGAACGGAGGAGGAGGUGGGCAGGAAGGAGACCAUGGAGCUAUUCCCCCAGAGCGCCGGCUUGGGCGUGCAGGAUGCUGCUGCCCCUGAUGCUACUACUAGGGAGCAAGAGAAGAAUCAGCUGACCAUCUUCUAUAAUGGAAAGGUGCUCGUGUUCAAUGACUUCCCAGCCGACAAGGCAAAGGGCCUUAUGCAGCUUGCUAGCAAAGGCAGCCCAAUUGUUCCAAACGUCUCUACACCCACACCUGUGACCGACAGCACCAAGGUCCAAAUGCCCGUGCUGGCCCCAGCGAGUAGCUUGCCUGGUGCUCAGGUUGAUGCUCACAAGCCUGCUGGUCCAAAUGCUUCUGAUCUGCCUAUUGCUAGGAAGGCAUCACUUCACAGGUUCCUUGAGAAGAGAAAGGAUCGUCUCCAUGCAAAGGCACCGUACCAAGCUUCUCCUUCAGAUGCAACACCAGUCAAGAAGGAGCCUGAGAGCCAUCAGUGGCUUGGACUAGGUCCGAAUGCCGCCGUGAAACCUAACCCGACUUUACAACUGAAUGCAGCUAACAAGGCGGCAUAGCGACAUUAUGUCCUUCUAAGACCUUUGGAGAAAUAUGUGAACUGUGCUUGCCGGUAGAGUACCAAAUCAUAAUAUUCCCUUAUGUCUUGUUUUGUUGUCAUAUUUAGGUCGUGAUUCUAUGUUAUUCAGUUGUCACAUAGUUUUGAUGUAAAGUGAAGUAGCAAAUGUUGACCAGUGCCAAGAGCCAGAAGUUUUGGCAUGUUAACUCAUGGUGACUGAUCUGGCCAUGCUAAGGAAAAGUUAGUGCAAGAGCAACAUAUAUGUAUUUUGAAGUUCUGAUCAUUUGGCUUUAGCCUUUAUUUGUAAAAGCAAGUGAUUGUAAUGGAUCCAGAUUACCUUCAUAUUCCUCUGAUUAUUUUAUAUACACAUGAGUUGGUUUUCAGAUA